AUCAAUUCAUCUCUAUAUUACCAUUCGUAAAAUGCAGAUCCAUAGCCUUGCAAUUGUUCUUGUCAUCUUUGCUGCCGUCUUGAUCCAAGCCAGCCCUCUUCCAAAUCAAGCCCAUGAUGACAUCCUUAUACAUGAAAGUGCUGUGUCGGUCGCCUCUUCUGCAAAGGCUGCUGUAAACUUGGCCAAAAAGCGUAGAUCUGAUGAUUCGUCUGCCAAAGUUGAUGCCCGUGCUCUUGCUGCUUCAAACAGUCAAGCCCGUGUAGUUUCGCCUGCUGGUAUACUCGACAAAGACAUUAAGGAUCCACUCGACGGUAAACGAGGUCCUAUUGGUGAAAAAAUUCAUGAGGAUAUCGAGGAUGGCGAGAAGGCCUUGAAGGGCAAUUAAAAUUAGUCCCAAUUUAUUUUAUAUACAUAUAUAAAACGUUAUAUGGCAAGAAGUAAAAAGAAAAUCAGCUUCAGAGAUAAUUAAGAAAUAUAGCCAUAAUUAACAAAAAUAGCCAUUCAUAAUAGUGAGAAGCUAUACUUAUGGUCUUAUUGUGAAAUAAAAAAAAAGUAUUUGAAAACGU